AUGUACGACACGUCGGCGAAGAAGCCGGACGACGAGAGCGACAUCGCGGCUUGGAAGAAGAAGGACCAAAAGGCGUUCGCUACGCUAAUCUCGCGGAUCGGCAUCAACCUCGUGAGCUCGGUGCGCACGUGCAUCAAGCUCGAAGCGUCGGCGCAUGAGGCGUGGAAGCGGCUCGAGACAAUGCACGUGAACAAGACUCUCCACGGCAAGAUCCUAGCCCGGAAUGUGUUCUACACGGUGAAGUUGCGCGCGGGCGAAUCGAUGCACGAGUAUGCGACUCGUGUGGAGGAACUUGGGGAAACGUUCGUAGACCUCGGUGGAACGGUCACGGAGGAGGAUUGGAUUUUGACCUUGCUUUGCGGUCUUCCGGAAGAGUGGUCGACGGUGAUAACGACACUCGAUAGCGUGCAAGACACUUGGACAAAGGAAACGGUGGUCGGUCGGCUUCUCCAUGAGGAAUCGCGUCGCCGACAAUUCGCUAAUGAGAGCGUGGAGACCGCCAUGUUCUCCGGAGGGAGUUCCGGAGGAAAGUCCAAGUGGAGCAAGGGUGCGACGAAGAAGUCGUACGGUGGAAGCGAUCGCGGCAAGGGGAACACAUCAAACGGCGCGAGCAAGUGCCACUAUUGCGGCAAAGCGGGACACUUUUGGCGAGAGUGUCGGAAGCGCCCGAGCGAUUGGACUCCAUCUAAGGCGCGGAACCAAGAGGGCAACGCGCACACGGCAUCCGGCGAGGCGGAUGAUACAAGGGAGUCGAUCGUGUUAUUGGCCGGUGACGGGACCAACACUCCAAACGACGCGUGGUUCCUUGACACAGGCGCAACACAACACAUGACUCACUCGGCAUCGUUCCUCGCCAACGUUGGUGCACCGAGAGACGUCACGCGCGUCGUCUUCGGAAACGGCAAGUUGCUACCGGUGGUUGGAGUUGGGAGUACGCGUCUCAUCGUCGAUGGCGGACCGGUGGACAUCACGAACGUGCUUCACGUCCCGGGAUUGAACGUGAAUCUACUCUCCGUCACUCAACUCGCGAAGAAGGACGUGAAGUUCACCAUCGAUGGCGCACAUAUAAACCUCUUUUGGAAGGGGAAGCAAUUCGCACAAGGUGUUCUCAACGGAGAACUCUACCAACUCAAGACGCAUUCGGGAGCGGCUUCAUGCAACGUGGCGCAAGGCUCCAAAGCGACUCUUAAGGCGUGGCAUAAUCGACUUGCGCACGCCAACUACGACUCGGUCAAGGAGUUGGUCAACAAAGAACUCGCGAAGGGAAUCGACGUGAUCGCCGACUACGACAAGAAGGGCGUGUGCGGGGCCGAGUGGUGGGGAGAGGCGAGUGCGCUAGCGGCGUGGAUUCGUAACCGCUUGCCGACCAAGGUGCUCCCGGGAACGACUCCGUUGGAAGCAUGGACCGGAACAAAGCCGAACCUAUCCCGCCUUCGCACCUUUGGAUGCCUUUGCUACUACCAUGUCCCGGAUCCCCUUCGCCACAAGUUGCAACAGAAGGCUCGUGCGGCGAUAUUCUUGGGAAUUGCGGCGAACGAGCGUGCGUGGCGAGUGUGGGACUUGGAUGAAAGGCGCGUCGUCACAUCUCGAGACGUUGUCUUCGACGAAGACAAGUUUCCGACGAAGGAACAACCAACGCCGCAACUCACCGUCGUACUUCCCGCACAAGAGGAGGAUGAGGCGGUGGAGGUUCCAUCACAAGCGGAAAAGGAAGCCGAGAAUGGAGAGGGAGAGAACGAGGAGAGCGAUGACGAUGUCGUGGAGGUGCCACCAACCGAGGAGGCAACUUCCUCCGCACCUUCUUCCCUACCAUUGGCGUUGACCCGUGGGCGUCGUACACCUCGCCCCAACACGAAUUGA